AUGGUGAAGGAGACGGAAUAUUAUGACGUGCUGGGUGUCAUCCCUACGGCAUCCGAAGCCGAGAUCAAGAAAGCCUAUUACAUGAAGGCAAGACAAGUGCAUCCGGAUAAAAACCCAAAUGACCCUCUUGCUGCACAAAAUUUUCAGGUUUUAGGAGAGGCUUACCAAGUUCUAAGUGACCCAGCUCAAAGGCAAGCUUAUGAUGCGCAUGGAAAAUCAGGAAUUUCAACUGAAGCAAUUAUUGAUCCUGCAGCGAUCUUUGCUAUGCUUUUUGGUAGUGAACUUUUUGAGGAAUAUAUAGGCCAAUUAGCCAUGGCAUCAAUGGCUUCAAUGGACAUUUUUACAGAAGGAGAACAAUUUGAUACUAAAAAGUUGCAAGAGAAAAUGAGGGUUGUUCAGAAGGAAAGAGAAGAAAAGCUUGCAGAAAUAUUGAAAAAUAGGCUGAACCAAUAUGUCCAAGGAAACAAAGAGGACUUUGUUAAUCAUGCAGAAGCUGAAGUAGCCCGGCUAUCCAAUGCAGCUUAUGGGGUUGGUAUGUUGAAUACCAUUGGCUACAUAUACGCAAGGCAGGCUGCAAAAGAGCUGGGGAAGAAAGCAAUUUAUUUGGGUGUGCCUUUUAUUGCUGAGUGGUUUAGAAACAAAGGGCACUCUAUUAAAUCUCAAGUUACAGCAGCAACGGGGGCAAUAGCUCUAAUCCAAUUGCAGGAGGAUAUGAAAAAGCAACUCAGUUCAGAAGGGAACUAUACUGAAGAUGAGCUUGAAGAAUACAUGCAAUCUCACAAGAAAGUAAUGAUUGACUCUUUGUGGAAGCUUAAUGUGGCGGACAUUGAAGCCACUCUUUCCCGUGUUUGUCAAAUGGUUCUUCAAGACAGCAGUGUCAAGAAAGAAGAACUCCGUGCUCGAGCUAAAGGGUUGAAAACUCUUGGUAAAGUCUUCCAGAGGGUUAAGUCAGCCAAUGGAAACGAAAAUGAAAGUGCACCAAAUAAGGCAGUGCACAAGUUGAAUGGAAAUGAAACUAGCAAUGAUGUUCGUUCUCCUAGUACAUCACCCAAAUCAUCAAGUCCUGAUUUUUCAACUGAUGCUACAUUUGCAUCUCAGAGCCCCUACGUGGAGGCCCCACAUUUCGCUGGCAUGCAAUUUGAUUAUAACUUUCCUAGGCCAACCGCCCCCCCGGGUGCCCAGAGACCUACUUCAACCAGCAAGGAUUGUUAA